ACAAACGCAAGCGAGACACUCGGCACGGGCGCGCAAGAGCCCCACGCCGCACCAGCCGCGCCACGCCCUCAUCCCCGAGCUGCAGGGCGAAGCCAUCGACGACCAUGGGAACGCUGAACGGGAGGCGGCACCGUGGAGCCGACGCGUUCCUCAUGGCGCUCAUUGGGUGCCUGUUGGGGUUCGGGCUGAGCGAGGGACCGGGGGCCGCGCGUGUGCGUCCAAGUGCUGGCCCUGGCAGUGGGCCGAUUGUCGGUCCAGGCGAUGGCCCGGAUACCGACCUCUCAAGCGCGGCGCUCAACCUCAUGGGUCGGGGCCUGACGCGCUUCCCUUCGGAUCUGCCCUUGGGCACCGUCGACGUUCUGCUCUCCUUCAACAGCAUCUCUCGCCUCUCCGCCGCAUCCUCGCCACCGGCACCCGCGCCCCGCCUGCGCACGCUUCUGCUGGGCUCUCAGACGGGACCUCGGGGCCUCUCUGUGGAGCGCAGCGCGUUCCUCAACGCGCCCGGCCUGCGCGCCCUGGACCUGGGCGGUAACUCGGGCCUGCGUCUCGAGGAAGAAGCUCUCGAGGGGCUGACGGAGCUGCGCUCGCUCAGCCUCGACCACUGCAACCUCGGGGACGAUGUCCUAGCGGGGCCUCUGCUCGGCCCAGCCGCGUCUCUGGAGAGACUCGACCUGAGCGGGAACCUCCUCCGCCACGUGCGCGUGGGCGCGUGGGCGCUGCGCCACUUCGCCUCCUCGCUGCGCCACCUCAACCUGAAGCGCAACCACCUCGAGCAGAUCUGCGCGGGGGACCUGGACAACCUGAGCGGCGCCAGGCUCCAGGUCCUCGAUCUCUCGUCCAACCGGCGUCUGUACGACGCGGCCGGCUUCGACUGGGCUUCCUGCGGGAACCCCCUGGCCAACGUGAGCGUGGAGACCCUGGACAUCUCCUCCACGGGGAUGGGCAGCGGCCGGGGGGAUCAGCUCGGGGGCCUCGCCGCGUUCUUCGGCGCUGUGCGCGGCGCGGCGAUCCGCGCGCUCGUCAUGAGGAGGAUGAGCGGAUUCGGUCGCUCCCUGGGCUUCAGGAACUUCCACGACCCGGGCCCCGGAUUCUUCAAGCCACUCGGCCAGUCGGGCCUCCUGAGUCUGGACGCGUCCCACAACCGCGUGGUCACACUGAGGGCCUCGCUCUUCGCGGGCCUCCGCGACCUCCGCGUGCUGGACCUGAGCUUCAACAUGAUCCAGGAGAUCGAGGCGGGCGCUUUCACGGGCCUCCAGAGCCUACAGGAGCUGCGCCUGUCGCACAACGCCCUCGGCUUCCUCUCCACCGAUGCCCUCUCCAGCCUGGAGGGCAGCCGUCACUCCUUGCGUUCACUCGACCUGAGCCGAAACUUCCUGGGCGCCGUGCAGGGCGGCGCGCUGUCCCUGUUGGGCGCGCUCACGGCGCUCAACCUCAGCGACAACGCCCUCUCCGAGGUGCCCGUCGCCUCCCUGCCGCGCCUCGCGUCGCUGGCGCUCGACAGGAACCGGCUGCGAAACGCGUGGGGAGUGGAGCGCAUCUCGGCCGAGCUGGCGCUGCUGAACUUGUCCUCCAACAGGGUGGAGAACGUGGGCGAGCUGUGGAGGGUGGCGCGCCUACCCAGGCUGCGCGUGCUGUCGCUGGCGCGCAACCCGAUGUCUCAAUGUCAUCCCCAGGGCAGCGCCGCCACCACCACCACCACCACGUCCGUCAGCAGCAGCAGCAACAGCAGCCUGCGUAUCCUGGACCUGUCCCACACGCCGGGGCUGGGUGUCGCGCUCAGCAGCAGCCGCGGUGCCUGCGACUUCCCUUUCCGCGCGAUGAGCUCCCUGCGCGUUUUGUUGCUGGGCCACAGCGGGCUCAGCUCCCUGCCAAAUGGCUUCCUGGAGGGACUCGGCGCCCUGUCUCACCUGAAUCUGGCCGGCAACCGACUCCAGCGCCUGUCCCCCGGCGCCCUGCAGCAACUGGGCUCUUUGGAGACGUUGGACGUGUCCGAUAACCGGCUGAGCGCCAUCGGAGUCGCCACGGAGCCGCAGGCGGCGUCUGCCCUGCCGGCGCGUACAAAGAUACGGCUGGGAGAUAACCCCUUCCACUGCGACUGCGAGCUCCUGCAGGAUGCCCUGGGGGUAGGGGGCGACGCCCUGCAAGCGCUGCUGCAGGGACGCGGGGAGGGCGCCCCGCGCUGCGCCUCCCCGCGCCGAUACGAGGGACAAACUGUGCGCACCGCUAUGCGCCACGGGAAUUGCACCGUGGCUCACCACGACGCCCUACAGUGAUUCUUAUAGACAGGGAUCUCAGUGGCACCACGAGGCCCUGCAGUGAUUCUUAGAGACAGAGAUCUCAGUGACACCACGACGCCCUGCAGUAAUUCUUAGAGACAGGGAUCUCAGUGGCACCACGACGCCCUGCAGUGAUUCUUAGAGACAGGGAUCUCAGUGGCACCACGACGCCCUGCAGUGAUUCUUAGAGACAGGGAUCUCAGUGGCAACACGACGCCCUGCAGUGAUUCUUAGAGACAGAGAUCUCAGUGGCACCACGACGCCCUGCAGUGAUCCUUAGAGACAGGGAUCUCAGUGGCACCACGACGUCCUGCAGUGAUUCUUAGAGACAGGGAUCUCAGUGGCACCACGACGCCCUGCAGUGAUUCUUAGAGACAGGGAUCUCAGUUGCACCAAGACGCCCUGCAGUGAUUCUUAGAGACAGGGAUCUCGCGAUGGUAACACAGUGAGAGCCCCUAUCUGGGCUGUUUUUGUUGUAUUUUAAUGAUUUGUAGAACGCAUGCUGAUUUCAGACGACCGCAUGGGUGUGUGCUGCACAGCUCUCACGUGAAUGCCGCGUGUUGUUUCUGAGGCAGCUUCCAGCACGGGCGAGAGUUAGGGCUAGAGUUAGUGUUAGAGCUAGGGCUAGAGUUAGUGUUAGGGCUAGGGCUAGAGUUAGUGUUAGGGCUAGGGCUAGAGUAGGUUAGGGCUAGAGUUAGU